GGUGGGAAAAAAGAAAAGAAAGAAGAACCUCUCAUACUCCUAAACACCGAAAAGUCAGAGAGAAGAGCUAGAUAAAAAACCUCACCAUUUCCUCUUCCUACACCCUCCCUUCUUCUCCCCCCUCUUGUGGUCUGGGACUCUGAAGCUGCCCGCCUCCUCUCCGGGUCUCCGUCCACAUCGCGUCAUAAAUCCCUCUUCCCCCCGUCCCCGGCCUGGCACCUACCCUCCGCCAUUCCAAUCGCCAAUCCGCCUGGCGCACGCACCCCGAAUCCACCGUCGCAUUUGUUCGCGAGCUGCAGCUCCCGGUAACCCGUUCCGUUUCCGAGGGGCGGUCCGCUCUAGGGGCCGGCGCGUAUUUAGAUCCGGUCCUGCCUUGCGCUAGUGGGGGAGCGGAUUUAGGUGAGCAAGCAUCUUGAUUUUUUGACCAAUCUUUUGCUCUGCCCCACCUCGUGGUGUUCGUUGUAUAAAUCUUCUGUUGGGGGGUGGGAAGAGGAGACCAAGCCCGGAGCAAGAGCCGCGGUUUCAAGGAUCCUCAGGAAUCACCAAGUGUUCAAGUGCUGGUAUUGGGAGUGAAAAAAAGGAUUUUAGACGUUGCUGUUUUACCUUUGUCUAAAAAUGUUGAGGCAGAGCUCUAGUAGAAAUCACAGAUCCAGAGGUCUGAAGCUAAAGAAGGCUCUCCAGAUAACUCUCUUGAUUCUGGUUUCUGUUUGGUUGAUCUACCAAGUUAAGCAUUCUUAUGAGAAGAAGGCGUCAUAUAGCGAAGAUGAAGGGAAUGAUCUACAUAAAGAUGAUAAGGACCAGGGGGUGGUUAUCAGAUUGAGCAGGAAGGACCUACCUUCAAAGAUGGAGGCUGAUUCUUCAACAUUGGAUGAAAAGGUGGAGGAUGAAGAGAAUGAUGAAAUGGAGCAAGAAAUGAAACAUGAUGAGAAUGAUGAGGACCCCAUCGAUGAGCAAGACCUAGAGAAGGACGAAGAUCUUCCCGAGCCUGGUGAACAUUCUGCUGACAAGGAUGGAGAUGAUGUGGGUGUGUUUGAGGAUGAAGAGCAUAAGGAGCGGUCUCAGGAGGAUCAAGAGAAGAGCUUCCAUGGUGAUAAUGUUUCUAGUGCUGUCACUCAUGAUCCCCCAUCAUCUGAGCAAGAUGAGCUGUCCCAUCAUGCCCAAGAGAAGGUCUUGUUCGUGGAUGAUGCUUCAUCUGCAGUGCCUCAUGAAAACCACGAGGGCGGAAGCAAGGAGGAGGAAGUGCGCAGGGCUAGGGAGAAGAGUUUCAGAGGUGAUGAUGUGGCUAGCUCUGUGGAUCAUGAUGCCAAGUUGACAAAACCUCUUCCCGAGGACCAAUUGAACACCAUGGAUAGGAUAUUUGAAGGCACCACAAAUUUGUCCAAUGGAAUUUCAUUUCGGGGGCCUGGUGUAAAUGGAUCAAAUGCUACCGGGGGACAUGUGGCUACUCCAACUAAUAUGUCUUCCCAUCAGAAUGCUGACAUUCCUAGCAUGAAUCCAGAAAGCAAGAUCCAUUCCACUCCAGCAAAUUUGACCAGUGACCAUGAGCAAACUAAUUCAACUUUGAAUGGUCAAGCAGAGCAGCAAGUGAAUUCAACGGUGGUGCUGCAGGGAGAAGUACAGCCUUUGACUGACCAGACAACAUCUGUUGAGUUGCAUUCUCCACCAAAUGGCACCUUGGCUCAGGUAACAGAUGGGCAAAAGUCCACAUCUGGAGCUGGGAAUGAUGACAAUAACACUGGCGCAUCCUCCACCCCGGUGGACAACAAGGCUGACAGUGAGGAUGCUCACAAAGAAGACGUGGAUGUCUCCACGAAAAUAAUGAACAGGGCAAUGAGUGAAGAAGAAGUUGUCCCUGAAUGAUAAUAAGAUGAGAUCCUCCUCUCUUAUUAGGCUCUGGUGUAACCUGUAAGUUCGUAGGACUUGGUUUCUUCAUCUCCUAGACUCGGAGAUGCAAUGCAAGCAGGCUAUCUCUGUUGCCCCACUUUUUGUAAAAGUGUUCGAUAGAUACCUGCUUUGUAUUGCCUAGUAGUAGUAGUACAUCGUGAUGGUCUGGGGCAAGUGAUGAACAAGAAGCAUGUACCCACAGGAAUAUAGCGAUUCGGCAGCUCAGAAACUUGGCUGCUUGAAUCAUGUGUCAACCAGGCUAUCAAUGAGAUGUCCAUCACGCCCACCAUUAAGCCUGAAUACGUGUUGUUGUGAACUGUGAUGCUUGCAUAGUUGUAGCCAUUUAAAUGCUCUGUGUUGCAGCCUAA